UGGAGCCUGCCCAACGCCGAGCGCUACGCCCUGCAGUACGUGGACGGGCGGCAGACCUACAUCACCGAGUCGAACCGCGGGGAGAUUAAGAACGGGAGCAUUUUGCGGCUGACCACCUCCCCGGACCAAGAAGCAGAGCGGUUGUACAGCGGGAUCCAGAGCAACAACUCGGACGUGAAGACUGACUCGCUGAAGAAGCUCGCCAGCCUCUCCCAAGACAUUACCUUUGCCCAGGAGUUCAUCAACAGGAAUGGCUUGAAACAAAUCUUCCAUAUUGUGGAAGAAGGGAAAGCCACCGGGGAGAUGCUCGCUCACACCCUGAAGGCCUUCAUGGAGCUGAUGGAGCAUGAUUUUGUUUCCUGGGAGACUCUCAGUGCAGCCUUCAUCAAGAAGAUAGUGAGUUACGUCAACAUGAAUGCGGUGGACGAGUCUGUCCAGCAGCUUUCCUUGUCCAUCUUGGAGAACAUGGUGCCCACCAGUCGCCUCCUCUUUGAGCUAGUCAAAAAAGAAGUGACGCUGGAUCGUCUUCUCACCCACCUGCAGGUGACGAACGCCCAGCUGCAGCUGAAGGCGAUGGCCCUGCUCAUUGCGCUGCUGCUGGCUGCCACCGACGCGGAGCGGCGGGAUAUGAUGGACUACCUGAGGGAGAAGAACAUCAGGCAGUUUAUCCACAAGAACAUCAUCCACAGCUCCGAGCCGCUGGGGGAUGAGAUGGCCCACUACCUCUACGUGCUGCAGUCCGUCAGCCUCAACCUGUUCGAGCGUCGCAUGAGGACAUUCAUGGAUCCCUACUCACAGGAACAACGGGAGCUCCUCCAGUCGCUGCGCCAAACCGCCUUUGAGUCAGAGAGCGAGGCGCCUGCCAGCAGCUUCAACACCGAGCGCCGGCGAUCCCUGUGCGCCAAGGAGUUCCGCAAGCUGGGCUUCGUGAACAACAGCAACCCAGCGGAGGACCUCCACCGAGCCCCCCCGGGACUCCUCGCCCUUGACAACAUGGUGUAUUUCUCCAGGCACACCCCCAAUGCCUACAGCAGGUUCGUCCUCGAGAACAGCAGCCGGGAAGACAGACACGAGUGUCCCUUCGCUCGAAGCAGCAUCCAGCUCACCCUGAUCCUCUGUGAGAUCCUGCACGUUGGAGAGCCGUGCUCGGAGACGGCUCAGGCCUUUUACCCGAUGUUCUUCGGGCAGGAUCAUUUCUUUGAAGAGCUCUUCUGCAUCUGCAUCCAGCUGGUGAACAAGACCUGGAAGGAGAUGCGCGCUACCCAGGAGGCCGUGGGCUGCGUGCUGCAGGUAGUGCGGGAGCAGAUCACCAGGACCCUGUCCCUCAAACCCACCUCCCUGGAGCUCUUCAAGACCAGAGUGAACGCGCUGAACUACAGCGAGAUCCUGAAGCUGCGGCAGACGGAG